GAUUUAAACAUGGCGACCAGCUAUCUAUCGCCUUACACUGGGUGAAUCUGUGACGUAUGUAUUGUGCGACGGCCGCAGCUCCAGCAACUUGGAGAGCAGAGGUGAGUGUGUGGGAGAAGGUGGCCAGAGGGGCUGGAGGGAGGCAGGGGGUGUGUGUGUGGGGGAACAGGGAAAUAUGGAAAUAUAUAAUAUUAAUAAUAAUAUAUAAUAUUAAUAUAGAUACUGGUUAUUAUAAUAAUAUAUACUGAUUGAUAAUAAUAUACUGAUCAUAAUACUAUUUUAUAUAUACUGAUAAUAUAUAUACUGACCAUAAUAAUAAUAAAAUAUAUAUAUACACUGAUAAAUUCUGACAAUAAUAAUAAUAAUAUAAUAUAAUAUAUACACACUGAUAAUACUGACCAUAAUAAUAAUAAAUACUGAUUAUAAUAUUAAUAUAUAUACUGUUAAUAAAUAUAUAUAUAUAUAUAUAUAUAUAUAUAUAUAUAUACACUGACCAUAAUAAUAAAUACUGAUCAUAAUAAUGUGUGUGUGUGUGUGUGUGUGUGUGUGUGUGUAUAUAUAUAUAUAUAUAUAUACACACACACACACACUGAUAAUAAAUACUGACCAUGAUAAUAAUAAUAAAUACUGAUCAUAAUAAUAUAUACUGUAGCGUAACGCUGGUCUCUCAUAGACUAUUUCCGCUGGUAGUCCAGGUGUGGCUCAGGAACAAGUAGUAACCCGUGGAGAAACAUCCACCGUAAUAGGAUAAUCCAACAGCGAAGCAAGCACAAUCAGCAAUACAAUACAAUAAUAUCCCAUCACCUUUCCCAAUAACUGGACGACACACAGUAUCAGGAGCAGAAAUUAACUUUAAUCACACAAUCCCGGCUUUUAUGCAAUGCUCCCAUGCAAGGAAGACACCCACAAUAAUUACUACAGUAUCCAAAUAGACGUUACCUCCCACACAUCUCCUCCCCUCAGCUUAACAGAUAACCUAAUUAAAAUGUACAAAUUUUUCCCCAAUUCUUAGAUGUACCCCAAAUAUACUCGGUACACCCUUAAAUGAUCUGGGUGAGCAACAUAUUCAAAAAUCACCCAGAUCGGACCAGGAGUUUGGGAGUUAUGGGGGUUUAAAGUUUUGACCGACCGCACAGGCAACAGUAGCCGAAAAUGGUUCCAUAAGUUUUGGCCUUGCGCUCGGUCUCCGUUUGCGGAAUAAAAGUCACAAAAUGUUUGUCAUCCAUGGCUAUACUGGUGUUUGCAUUAGUCUUUCUACCGAACCACGACUUGUUCGGUAGUUUUCGGCUCGAAUUUAUGGAAGUCUGGAGGUCUCAGCGGUGUUUGCCUAGUUGAGUGUCCAAUUUUGGUUCCAGACACUCUGACACCAAAACACCGCUGUUCGGGAGUUUAAGAUGUUACGUGUUAAACUCCCGAAAUGGCGGCCACCCAGGGACUUGAACAAAGCAUUCGCAGGUUUCAACAGGAAUGUAUUAGACGAACAGGGAGGUAGAUUGAAGCAUCAGGGUGGUCCGGUGUUCGGUAGAUUUAGUUCGUAUACUGAAUGCAUGAAGUCAGUACAGUUUUAGGUGAACAAUCAAACGAAUGCUUUUUAAAUCCACACAAAAGCCUUUUGACAAAUCCAUACGGAAGUCUUAUUAGUUAAAUAGCAAAGUAAUAAUGAAUCCGCUGUACAGUCCAAUGUCUCUACUAUUCCAUAUGUCCUUGGCUGGCUGUCAAAAGGGCAAGCAAUGCAAUGCCAACCUCCAUUAUGCCCAGCCAUUGUGUUUAAAGGGUCCCAUCUUCCCAGGACCAUAAUCACUGGGCAGGCGGCGAGCAAGCCGCCCCCUCCAGGAAACCGGGGCAGACUCUUGUACAGGGGCUAGUUCACUACAUUUCUUCCCUUUAUCAAAGAGACUAUCCAGACUCCAGACCUCCAAUCGGUCUGGGGUUCUGAUAGUCGGUUGGCCUUUCUCACACGGUGUAGGUAUCCAGAUGGCCCCCUGCCCCAUGUGUCCAGUUGUAAGUCCAUGGUCUGGUGGGAAGAUAACCAAGCCGCCCUCUUCCCUGGUUGGUCAAAGUGGUUGCUGGGAACGGCGGAUGCAGCUCCCCUCCUGUGGCCCUGGUGGGUAGAGGCCAGCGACACUCUGCUCUGUGGUCCUUGGUGUAGAUGGUGCGCUGUCAGGUCCCAAGGGACCAAAAGGGAAGAGAGGGCAGAGGCCGCCUGCGUUCUGCCUAGAUGCCAGCUCCUCUGCUGGGAGAUGGUCAGCGGCCGGUAUUCCCGGGUUGUAGGUUGUCUGUGGGGAAGGAAGAUCUGUUGCCUCCCCCAGGCAUUCCUGGGAGGGUGGUUGGGGAUCUCGACCAGACGUCCAAUAUCCCUGUGGGUCGGGUACAGAGACCUCGGUCCCAUCUGUACUGUCCGGCGGUUCCGUAUCUCCCCUUGGUGGGAUACGCUGCCGCUGGGGAGAAGGGGUAACAGGCUCCUCUUCCUGCAACACUCUCUCCCUUGUUGUAGGGGGGGGCCGACUGUCUCCCCUUCCAAUAUAUUGUCCUGCUGUUGGGGAGGGGAAUCAGCCGUCUCCCCUUCCAUUAACAUGCUCAGCCGCUGAGGAGUGAAACCAGCUGUCUCCCCUCCCUGUAAGACAUUCUGCCGCUGAGGAGAGGGACUGCCUGUCCCUUCUCCCAAUAACACCCUUGGUUUCUGAAGAUGGAGGACGACACUCUCCUCUCCUGGUACUACACUUGACCGUUGGGGAGAGAGACCGACUGUCUCCUCUCCCUGAAACAGUUCCUCUCGCUGGGGAGAGAGACCGACUGUCUCUUCUCCCAAUACACUGUCCUGCGGGGAAGGAAGACCAACAGUCUCCCCUUCCACUAUCAUAUUCAGCCGCUAGGGAGUGAGACCGGUUGUCUCCCCUCCCUGUAAGGCACUCUGUUGCUGGGGAGAGAGAACACGUCUCUCCUCUCCCUGCAGAACACACUGCUGCUGGAGAGCAGGACCGACUGUCCUCGCCCCCUGUAGCUCACCCUGCCGCUGGAGAGGGAGGACGCUGCUCUCCUCUCCCUGCAAGGUACACUGCCCCCAGGGAUCUGGGCCAACUGCCAAGUAUCCCUGUGAGCCGGUAGAGAGACCGCAGUCCCAUCUCCUCCUGCCAUCUGUGGGUCUUCCCAGGACCAGUCGAUAAGGUCUCUCAUCUCUGGGGCUGGUUGGGAAGUAGGUGGUACAGACCCCAGGUCUCCUGAUACCAGGCCUAGUUGCUGGGGAGGAGGGACGAAACUCAACACUCCCGAUGGUGUACAGUCCGUAAGCCCCAUCAUGUCAGAGACAGGCGGUGUUAUUUGAUUAAGUAGGUAAGCAUAAUCCUGUUCGAGCUCCCACUGCUUUGGUGGUACCUGCAGGGUAUAGUGUGACUGACUGGAGCUAAUCAGGUGCUGGUAAUCCUGCUCCAGUUCCCAUUCCUGGACGGCCAAUUCAAUCAGGUCUGGCCUUAGGUCCUCAGCCAUAGGGAGAUCCAGCAUGGCCUCUCUGUAAGCAAAUAUGUCCCAAAGCCGUGACUCUGACGCACUCCCAAAGUCCGGUUCCGCAAAGGCCCCCCCAUGAUAAGCCAGGGCCAUUGUAAUCCUUGCCCUCCGGUUUGUCGAGCUUGGCCAUUCCGGGAACACGCUGAACCGCGUACCAAUGUAGCGCUUGGUACGCAUCAUCGAGACCCAGUUCCCUCCAUGUCAGUGAAUCAAGCUGUAUCACCAACUCCUCCCGGGGCUUGUCUCCCAGCAUAGGCAUCCGUAGGGCCACUCUGGCUUGUAGUCGCUGCUCCUUGCUGGGGAGACUCUCACCUCGCCAACGCUGGACACCCUCUAGGGUUUCUUCCCACAUCUCUUGUCGGGUGCCCUCUCUGCAGUCCAACCUGGUUGCCUCUACUAUUGGCUUAUCCAGUGGGGCCAAGAGGUUCUGUAACCUCCGGUGAAACUCAUCCUCCACCUCAAGCGUUGUCCAGGGACUCGCUGGCUCUAUGCCGCUCCAUAAUAAUUCCGGUGCCUCCAGGGUGCUGUUCCUCUCACACCAGGACGCCAUCCCACCACUGCCACCAAUGUAGCGGAACGCUGGUCUCUCACAGACUAUUUCCGCUGGUAGUCCAGGUGUGGCUCAGGAACAAGUAGUAACCCCUGGAGAAACAUCCACAGUAACAGGAUAAUCCAACAGCGUAGCAAACACAAUCAGCAAUACAAUCCAAUAAUAUCCCAUCACCUUUCCCAAUAACUGGACGACACACAGUAUCAGGAACAGAACUGAACUUUAAUCACACAGUCCCUGCUUUUAUGCAACGCUCCCAUGCAAGGGAGACACCCACAAUAAUUACUACAGUAUCCAAUCAAAUAGACGUUACUGCCCACACAUCUCCUCCCCUCAGCUUAACAGAUAACCUAAUUAAAAUGUACACAUUUUUCCCCAAUUCUUAGAUGUACCCCAAAUAUACUAGGUACACCCCUAAAUGUGUUAUCCCCUGGUAGCCCUGAUCUGGGUGAGCAGCAUAUUCAAAAAUCACCCAGAUCGGACCAGGGGUUCUGGAGUUAUGGGGGGUUUUGAAGUUUUGACCGACCGCACAGGCAACAGUCGCCGAAAAUAGUUCCAUAAGUCUUGGGCUUGCCUCCGUUCGCGGAAUAAAAGUCACAAAAUGUUUGUCAUCCAUGAUUAUACUGGUGUUCGUGUGAAUCCCCAUGUUUGCAUUAGUCUUUCUACCGAACGGCGGCUUGUUCGGUAGUUUUUGGCACGAAUUUAUGGAAGUCUGGAGGUCUCAGUGGUGUUUGCCUAGUUGAGUGUCCGAUUUUGGUUCCAGACACUCGACAGCAAAACACCGCUGUUUGGGAGUUUAAGAUGGCCACCGCCACGUGUUAAACUCCUGAAAUGGCAGCCACCCAGGGACUUGAACAAAGUGUUUGCGGGUUUCAAUAGGAAUGUAUUAGACGAACAGGGAGGUCGAUUUUGAAGCAUCAGGGUGGUCCGGUGUUCGGUAGAUUUAGUUCGUAUACUGAAUGCAUGAAGUCUGUACAGUUUUAGGUGAACAAUCAAACGAAUGCUUUUUAAAUCCAUACGGAAGUCUUAGUCGUUAAAUAGCAAAGUAAUAAUGAAUCCGCUGCACAGUGCAAUGUCUCUGCUAUUCCAUAUGUCCUUGGCUGGCUCUCAAAAGGGCCAGCAGUGCCAUGCCAACCUCCAUUAUGCCCAGCCAUUUUGUUUAAAGGGUCCCAUCUUCUCCGGGACCAUAAUCACUGGGCAGGUGGCGAGCAUGCUGCCCCCUCCAGGAAAACGGGGCAGACUCUUGUACAGGGGCUAGUCCGAGAGAGAGAGAGAGAUACUCUCCCUCCCCUCCUCCCCCACAGGGACUAGCAAAUCAUUUUGGCUAACUCUUUACUAGCACAGGGACUGCUAUUUAACGACUCCCGUAUCCUUCCAGUGAUCCUAUAUAAGGACAGACAGUUUGUCUGCUGUAUACGUCCCCAGCCUAUACCAAUUGAUAAUUUUGGGACUGCAGUCUGGGAGUACUGGUUUAUAUCAUACACUGGUUUACUCCAAUUUAUUUACUUGUGCAUACAUGCUUCCAGUGGACCUCCAGCCCACUUGGUAUAUUACUAUUUUUCACACCAUUAAGUGACAGCAUGUUGGUAUCAUGACCUUUGACUACUGCACACUAUCUGCACCAUAACAUUUGCUCCUUUUAUGCCACUUUUUCCAUAAUUCUGGGUAGCUCUAGUUUAAUAUAUAUCACAUGUACUGGCAUUUCAACCCUUAGGAAUUUUACUAUUUUUCGCUUUUUUUUUUUUGUUUUUUUUAUUUUUUUUAUCUGGGCUACCUUAACCCAGAGUUUCCAGUUGCAUGGGUCCUAUCUUACCAAUGACAAGAUAUUUUAAAUAUGUUGCAUUUUUUUAGUUCCAUUUCUUUUCUUUUUUCAUGGUGAAUGGUCAUGGUUUUUUUCUUUUGCAUUAAUACUCUAGAGCAGGGGGUGGGCAAUCUGCAUCCCUCCAGAUAUUUUGGACUACAUCUCCAAUAAUGCUCUUAGGGCCAUAAUGCUAGCAAAGCAUCAAGGGAAAUGUAGUCCAAAACAUCUGGAGGGCGGCAGAUUGCUCACCCCUGCUCUAGAGUACUCAGUCACUGUAUUUCCACAUACAGUUGUUAGAAAGUGUUUUAUUAAUUCCAAUAAAGCUUCUAUUUUAACCAUCACAGGUGUUUCAAAAUAUCUAUUGUUUCCAAAUACCCCUCAUAGGGCAGUGAUGCACCUGCCCCUACCUAGCAUCCACAGUGGUAGACCAUAUCUGCUCCACUUGUAUUAUUAAUAAAUAUAUGUGACAGGCUCAAGGAUAAUUGCUUUUAUUAGUUCGGUAGUGAUAAGGAGGCUGAACAGAUAGUAUAACAUUAUAGCAUUAAGAAUACAUGUUUUGUGUUUCUUUUAAUGCCAAACUAAUCAAACUGUAACCAUUCACAGUCAGAUAUGCUUCUAGAUUGGCUACUUUUGGCCUAACAUUUAUAAUGUACUUCAAAUUCCUGACAAUUCUCACUUCAGUGAAUAUUCCUUAUUUAUGUUUUGAGGUGACAGAGACAUGGUCUGGUGUUUCUGAGCUGGACAUUUGUUGAAUGUAGGUUUUUGACCCAUCUAAUGGAGCAUUAUACUGCGCUGUGGCAUCAGGUUCGAUCUCUGUCACACCACAAGGAGAAAUAUGGAGUCUCUCCUCCACCUGUUGACACAUAACAUCUACUAAGGCAUCCACAUACAGACAUUCAAGCAUCAACACAUUAUUACUGAAAAUAAACAAUUUACAUUGUUUUAUAACUUUUCAAAUUUACUUGUAAAUGCAGUUUGUGUAAGAUUUAAAUUUUUUUCCAUUUGUUUUCUCAUAAAAUAAUUUUCAUGUUUUUUUUUCUUUCUUCUUUUUCAAAGAAUUAUGGCCAAUUAUAAAAUCCGGAACUAUGAUAAUUCCGACUACGAUACCGUACGGGACCUAUUUUCUUCUGGCAUGAGUGAAUAUGUCCCUAGCGUCUGUGUUCAUGUUUUGAAGCAACCUUGGGUAAUUUUUGUGCUGACAUGCAUGUUCCUCUCUUUAAUGUUGACCUCAAAGUCCCUUAUCUUGCCCCUUCUUGCUGUCACACUUCUGUUGGCUCUUGGACGUCAAGUAUUGGGCUACUGCUGGAAAAUGUAUAUAGACCAAUGUUUAAAAGAAGAUCUUCAGGAUAUUCAGAAAACCUACAUGGAGAGCAAAGGAUCAAACUUUUGGGUGGUGGAAGUAGAUGAAAGCAUUGUUGGCACAGUGGCCGCUAAACCCUCAGAUGAGAAGCAUGAUGAGCUAAUCCUUAAGCGAAUGUCUGUGAGGAAGGACUACAGAGGACUUGGUAUAGCCAAAGCCUUGUCUCGAGAAGUUAUUGGCUUUGCACGGUCAAAUGGGUAUAGGUCUGUUAUUCUGAACACCCUGAUGGUGCAAUCUGAAGCAAAGAAAAUGUAUGAGAACGUGGGGUUUAAGAGAUAUAUUGAAUAUGUUCUGCCUACCAUCUAUGGGAAGCUCGUUAACUUCAAAAUCUCAAAGUAUCGUUAUGAUAUUCUACCUGUGACCUGAACUUACCCCUUGUUGAGGUCUUCUCAUUAGUAGCUCAGGGGAAUCGACAAGGCCGCAUAAACUGUUACUUUAACUUUCAAUGUCAGAAAUGAAAUGAUCGCAUAAUACCUGAUGUAUAUUUCUAAUUAUAUACCUUUUUACUUUAUUUUUUUUGUGUGAAGCAAUUGCAUUAAAAAGCUUCCAAAAGACACCUGAUACCUAUUUAAUAACUAACCAGAAAAUAUAUAUAUAUAUAUUUCUCUUGUCUGUAGUAGUUCUACUUUUGCUUUUUAUUUUGUAUAGGGGGUGGGGAAAAUUUCAUUGUCUAUAUUUUGUAUUAAAAUUUAAAAAAAUUUCCAAACUAAGGCAGAGGCAAGCAUGUGUCACAUUCAUAUGUAUAUCGACUCAAUAGAAAAUUAACACAAGGUAAGUACAAAGUGACACUAUACAUUAAGCUAGGCAAGCACAUUUGUCAAAUCAGCAACACCAUGCUAGUGACAAUGCAUGACAACAGAAUUGUAAACAUAAAUUGAAACACGAUAUGACUGUACCGUGUGUCUGAUUGAUUAGACAUUUUAAGUUUACUCAGAAAUCUCAGAGCAGUGAACCCAUGUUUAAUGUCUUUAGACAGAGCCUGUAAUCAUUUCUAACAUCCGCUCUCCUUUAGUGGGACAUCUGGAGACACGGCGAUGCCUAUACUGGUCUCAGAUAAGUUGUGUGUAUUACGUAACUGGAUAUCUUUUAUAGCUCCAUCUAUUUCUAUGGUUCUCAAUAAACUAGCUUCAACAAAGCUUUAUCAGUAAAUGCUGCACAUUUAUUUUGACAAUAUUUAAAUUUCCUGUGUAACAUCACCG